UUUUAUUUUUUUCAAAGAGAGUGAAGAAGACAAAACACGCCGCAAUCUCGCACGUUUCUUUGGAAUGCACGACGAUAUCGCAGUCCUCUGAGUAAAGGAAGAGAAAAACUUUUCCCUUCAGUUGGAUAUCACGAUCGGGAGGUGGUUGACGUGUCCAUUGUUGAGGAGGAAUUUGCCGAGAUUUCAUCAGAUUUAUAGGAAAUUUCAAAGAUGUCAUCGUUGGAAGAAGUUUACAUCGUUUCGGCCGCCAGGACACCGAUUGGCAACUUCCUGGGCACACUCUCCUCCCUCUCCGCCGCCGAUCUCGGUGCCGUUGCCAUCAAGGAGGUCCUGAACCGCGCCGGCGUCCCACCGGCCGACGUCGACGAAGUCAUCCUCGGUCAAGCUCUGACCGCCGGCCAGGGUCAAAACCCAGCCCGCCAGGCAUCGCUAAAGGCCGGCAUCCCGAAAGAAGCGCCCGCCUACCUGAUCAACUUGCUGUGCGGUUCGGGCCUUAAAACGGUCGCCCUCGGCUAUCAGGCGAUCCGCUGCGGAGAUGCCUCGGUGGUGGUGGCCGGUGGCCAGGAGUGCAUGUCCAAGUCGCCGCACGUGUUGCACCUGCGCAGCGGAACCAAGAUGGGCGAGACCAAAAUGGUCGACACGAUGCUGUGCGAUGGGUUGACCGAUGCGAUCUACGACAUGCACAUGGGCGUGACGGCGGAAAAUCUGGCCAAGGAGUUUGAAAUAAGUCGCGAGGAGCAGGACGCGUUUGCCGCCAAAAGUCAACAGCUGGCGGAGGAAUCGCAGAAGAAGGGUUACUUCGUGGAUGAAAUUGUAGCGGUUCCGGUGCCGAGUCGGAAGGAGACCAUCAACUUCGACAAGGAUGAAUAUCCGAAGCAUGGGACCACGGUGGAAGGGCUGGCCAAGUUGAAGGCGUGCUUCAUUAAGGAUGGAACCGUUACGCCGGGUAAUGCGUCCGGAAUUAACGAUUCGGCGGCGGCGGUUCUGUUGAUGUCCGGAGCCGAAGUUCAGAAGCGUGGAGCGAAGCCGUUGGCCAGGAUUGUGGCCUUCAGCCAGACCGGAAUUUGUCCCAAGGUUAUGGGCGCUGGGCCAAUCACUGCUGUGACGAAAGUGCUCGAAAAGGCCGGCUGGAAGUUGGACGAGGUGGAUCUGUUCGAGCUGAACGAGGCGUUUGCGGCCCAGGCACUAGCCGUCAACAAGGGUCUCGGCGUGAACCCGGAGCGGGUGAACGUUGGUGGGGGUGCGAUCGCCCUUGGCCAUCCGAUUGGGGCGUCCGGUUGUCGGGUGUUGGUAACGCUGCUGUACGCGCUCAAGCGCACCGGAGGUAAACGGGGCGUGGCUUCGCUGUGCGUUGGCGGUGGAAUGGGCGUGGCCAUGGCGGUGGAAAUUGUUUAAAGAUUAUUAUGUUGUUUUUCUAGUUGUGUUAUAGAUUUCUACUAACAACGAUAGAUUUCCCUCCCACCAGAUAACGAUGGCUAGUAUUUUGAUUUUGGUACAACCGUUACUUAAUGCCGCAAGUCAAUUUUGUUCAAGUAUUUUCGUUUUUGUACUGUACUCCUCGAAGUGUUGUAGAAUAGUGUAAAAAAAGUGGAACCGAGGACAAUAAUAAAGCAACUUUUGUACUUACUUA